CUACUGUCAGACAUUAAUGGCAGUCCCACAUUCCUCGCAGGUAGUAAUAACACAACGGCAGCUACGCAAACACAGAGUUUAUCCCCUCCAGUCGAGGAAAAAAAUGACACAAACGCACCCUCCUAUUGCCCCAUUCAGUUGCACUGCCUGAGGAAGCUGCUGUGCAGAGAGCUGUUAUAGCAGGUGAUCGCCCUUAUUUGGUAAUGGCCCAGAUCAUGUGACCACAAAAUGGUGGAAGCUGUGAGCUGUUUGUAAGCUGAGCAUCUCCACCGAGAAGGCUGGGAGCAGGAAAUAGGCAGGGAACUUGGAAGUACAUCCAUGCUCUGAGACGCAAGAGGACAGAGAUUCCCGAGCCCCAGCAGUGGUCCUCCUGGGGAUGGACCUGGCAUCAGAGAGUAAAAUGAACUCUGAGGGGGGUGAAGGCAGACCAGUUCCUCCUACCUCUCUACCCCUGCAAGGAGGUCCCACCCAAAGAAAAAAGCUAUCUGCCCCUCGUAUCAGCCUCUCACUGGACCAGAGUGAAGAUGACUUGGGGGAGACGCCAGAUGAUCUUGACAUUAACGUUGACGACCUCGACACUCCAGAUGAGGGGGAUUACUUCGACUACACGGACCAUGAAAUGGACUGGGAAGACCCCAAUGCAGCCAAUAGGAGUGGGACAAGUGAACCUUAUGAUCCAAUCCCGACGUACAGCGCUGAGGAGGAGCGCCAGGACGGCAAGCUAUGGAGAACGGUCAUCAUUGGGGAGCAGGAGCACCGCAUCAACAUGAAGAUCAUCGAGCCCUACAUGAGAGUCAUCUCCCAUGGAGGCUACUAUAGCAAUGGAGUGAAUGCCAUCAUCGUAUUUGCAGCCUGUUUCCUGCCAGACAGUGACAGAGAGGACUACCAUGAAAUAAUGGAGAACCUCUUCCUGUAUGUGAUCAGUACACUGGAGCUGAUGGUGGCAGAGGACUACAUGAUCGUGUACCUGAACGGAGCCACACCCCACAGAAGAAUGCCUGGCCUUGGCUGGCUGAAGAAAUGUUAUCAGAUGAUUGACAGAAGGCUCAGGAAGAAUUUGAAAUCCUUUAUUAUUCUCCAUCCAUCAUGGUUUAUCAGGACCGUUCUAGCUAUUACCAAGCCCUUCAUCAGCACCAAGUUCAGCAGUAAGAUUAAGUAUGUGACCAGUUUGGACGAGCUGCAGGAACUCAUCCCCAUGGACUGCAUCCAGAUCCCUGAGUGCAUCAUUAGACUUGACAAGGAACUGAAGGAAGCAGCAGAGAACUCAAAAAUGAAUAGUUUUCUGUAUGGACCGGAGCCAACAGCAGCAGGCAGAACAGAACCAGACGAAGCCAGUGCCAGCAGCUCUUAAACCCAAACAUCCUAAAGGGACGGGUCACCUCAAUGUUCAGAAGUCACUGUUGUACUUUAUGAGUGAAGCUGGAAAACAAAGGCAAAGGCUUGUUAAGCUAGUGUGUGUGUGUGUGUCAGUGUUUGUCAAUUAGACACUGGAGUUUAAUAUUAAAAACACAACUUACAAUAGUACCUGUUAACACUGUUAACAAUGAGUUAGACCUCAUUCUUUAUGGCUGCUGUAGCAUCUACUGUACCUUAAACCUGCAAUCCAGAGAGCUAUAUAGUCAAGUGUGAUGCUUCGCAGCACUUACAGAGUAGCAUCAUUGUUCACGGUAGGGUAGGAAAUGCAAUUACACACCAGACAGUGCACUGCGCAAAUCCAUUUGUAGAGUCUAUAGUGUUGUAGUUGUGUGCAUGAGAAGCAGUGAAGCAAUAAUAUCACCCUUUACUGGUCACACACUCUAAGUAUUUCAGAUAAAGAAGCAACUUGUGUGUCAACAAUCUACAAUAAAAGCACAUGGUUUUAGCCAAAAAAUCCUUGUGCCAUAGAUGAUGACGAACUAUUGCAUUUAAGCAAUCCAAUCCUGUCUUAACACACGAGAAAAUAAAUCUACAAAUAGAUAUUUUAACUAGUCUAUCUGAAACCAAGGAGGAAUUAGUUAAAUAUGAAAUCAAGUUAUCAGUGCAAUGUGAGAGCAUGUCUUUUUAGCUCUGCAAAUGUCUGUGUGUGUGUGUUUUCAGUCUGUUUCUGUCAAAUACAAAAAGGUAAACCGGGAAUCAUCUUCAUCUUCUCCUCCAUCAUCAGGAAGAAACCUCAGAAGAAAAUAAAGAUGGGAUUUAUGUAAAGCACAAAAUCUUCUGUUUGUUUGUGUGUGUGUGGACAUGCAUGCGUGUGUUUGUGCAUCAUUGCAUGUCCCUUCAUAGAUAACUGAUAGUCCUCUCACACGUGCGUCUUCUACUGUGGUGUAUUGAGGAUGUGCAAAGCAAUUAUGGAUCACUGUCUAGUAAUUCAAUA